AUGCUACCCGAUCUUGUAGUUACCUAUGCAAUCAACAUCUUAUCACCAUAUCUGUUCCUACUUCCUCCUUUUAUUUCCUUGCUAGCAAUGUGGAGGGUCUCUCGCUUGAGAGGCCCCACGCUAACUCUAGACAACUAUCAAGAGAAAGUGAACGAAAGUAUUUCUGAUACUUUCAAAGAGCAGCUAGAUACUCAAGUAUUAAAGCCGUUAUUUCAGCAGGAGGGAAUACGACUUCCUCGCGGAACUCAAUCUAUAGAUUUGUUAGAUCGAUUGGUUGAAGCCGACCCAUUUAAUCUGGAUUGGUUAACCACAAUCUACCAAAGUUUGGAGACGCUUGGAAGUACGAGUCCUUACUUUCAACAAAUCCUAGUUUUAGGAGGGUUAGGUUAA